AUGCAGGACCUACUGGAUCAAGAGCUCGAGCGCAUCGACAGGCUGCCCAAACUAGGGCUUCUAUGGGUGGAAUACAGUGCCUAUGCGCUGGGUGUUAAUAUUGCACCCAGGAAGCGCAGCUCCAAGUACUGUCAGUUAACGCGCAUUCUGGUCUUAAUAAUUAACGUGAGUAUCAUCUAUAGUCUAGUGGCUUUCAUAAUGGAAAACUAUAUGAUCUCCUUUGAGACCUACGUAGAGGCGGUUCUACUUACCUUCCAACUUAGCGUUGGUGUGGUUAAGAUGUUUCACUUUCAGAGUAAGGUGGAAUCCUGUUCUCAGUUGGUGUUUUCUACAGAGACAGGAAAGGUUUUAAAAUCUUUGGGGCUCUUUGACUUGGAUAUGCCAAAGAAAAGGGAGCUCCUACGAUCUGUGAGCUUGAUAUUGCUCAACAAUUGGCUGAUCAUUGACCAACAAGUCAUGUUCUUCUUUAAAAUAGUUUGCAUGCCUGUGGUAUACUACACAAUGCGACCUUAUUUUCAAUACAUCUUUGAUUGCUAUAUUAAGGAUCAGGAUACCUGUGAAAUGACACUGACUUACCCAGCUAUUGUUCCUUAUGUGCAACUGGGAAAGUAUGAAUUUCCCUCAUAUGUGAUUCGUUUCUUUCUACUACAAUCAGGCCCCCUUUGGUGCUUUUUUGCUGUUUUUGGAUUUAACAGCCUGUUUGUGGUUCUUACUCGAUAUGAGUCUGGUUUAAUAAAAGUCUUACGGUUUCUGGUUCAAAAUUCAACCUCGGAUAUACUGGUUCCCAAAAAUCAGAGAGAUAAAUAUCUUCAAUGUUGCGUUAGGCUUUUUGCCCGCAUAUCAAGCCAUCAUAAUCAAAUUGAAAAUCUUUUUAAGUACAUUAUCCUCGUUCAGUGCUCUGUAAGCAGCAUUUUGAUUUGCAUGCUGCUUUACAAAAUCAGCACAGUGUUGGAAGUUGGCUGGGUGUGGAUGGGUAUGAUAAUGGUAUACUUUGUGACUAUAGCUUUGGAGAUCAGUCUGUACAACGUGAGUGCUCAGAAAGUGGAGACCCAGAGUGAGCUACUAUUUUAUGAUUGGUACAACUGCAGUUGGUAUAAUGAGUCCAAGGAAUUCAAGUUUAUGAUCAAAAUGAUGUUGCUUUUUUCUCGUCGAACUUUUGUACUUAGCGUGGGAGGAUUUACUAGUCUCUCCCAUAAAUUUCUAGUGCAGGUCUUUCGGUUGAGUGCAAACUUUUUCCUGCUACUCCGGAACAUGAACAACAAAUAAAUCAAUCUUGGUUUUUACAAAAUUACAACGUUGGAAAAG